CCGAACAUGACUAACCAGUAACCACAUUACCAGUUACAAACUUACCACAGAUCAUAGUAUCAUACCACACCAUUUCGAUCAUUUCCAUUUUCUCCCUCGUUCAACAAUGGCGUCGUCGAUCUCACCACCCUCCGACCCAAAACCAUGGCAAUCAAUGCUUCCGGGUCCGCCCGGCCGCAACAAUGGUGGCGCCUCUGAUGUAACCUCCUCAGGCCUCCUCGCAUUCGCCUCCGGCAGUUCAGUCUCUCUCAUCGACACCCGAUCCAUGCAACUUCUGUCCGUCCUCCCUCUCCCUCCUCCUCCACCACCUUCUUCCUCCUCUUCUUCUUCACCGUCUCUCUCCCCUUUUGUCACCUCCGUUAGGUGGGCCCCGCAUUCCCUCCGCCAUGUCGACAUUCUCUCCUCCGAUUCUCUCGCCUCUUCCCACCUUCUCCUUGCCGUCGGUGAUCGUCAGGGGAGGUUAUCGCUCCUCGAUUUCAAAUCUCGGUCUCCUCUCCUCUGGUUUGACUCAGAUCACAAUUCGUUCAAACUCGGUAUUCAGGACAUUUGCUGGGUUAAGUCCACCCUUGACUCGUGGGCCCUUGCCGCCAUUACUGGGCCUCAUAUUCUCUCUCUUUUCUCCACCUCCACCGGAAAAUGCUUCUUCAAAUACGACGCCGUAUCGGAAUUCCUCUCCUGUAUUCGCCGUGAUCCCUUUGAUGCUCGGCACUUCGUCAUUCUAGGGUUAAAGGGUUUCUUACUCUCCGUCAAAGUUACCGGAGAAUCGGAGGACGGCGUCGUUUUGCAGGAGCUUCAGAUUCAUACGGAUUCGUCUGAAUUGGCGAAAUUGGAGAAGGAUUUGGUAGGUGGUGGGGCUCAUAACAGCACUUCAACUUCUCCGACAUCGGCGAUUUUUCCGAAUUACCCUGCAAAAUGCGCCUUUUCGCCUGAGUGGCGGCAUAUUAUAUUUGUGUCUUUCCCUAGGGAGUUGGUGGUGUAUGACUUGCAUUAUGAGACGGCUUUGUUUGCUGCGAAUUUGCCACGCGGUGGGAAGUUUCUUGACGUCUUGCCGGACCCGAAUAGUGAGCUGUUGUAUAGUGUGCAUCUUGAUGGGAAGCUUAGUACUUGGAGACGUCGAGAAGGUGAACAGGCAUAUACAAUUUGUUCAACGCAAGAAUUGAUGCCCUCUGUUGGCUCAUCUGUUCCUUCUCCCUCCAUUCUGGCUGCUGUAGUCUGUGAAUCUGAUUAUGCUCUCCAAAAUGUUGGCAAGAUUUACUCUGAUGUUCCUCAUACUCCUUUUGGUGAUGAGGACUUUGAUAAUCCUUUUGAUUUUUGUGACGAGUCGCUUCCUGCCUCAAAAACUCAUUUGAUCUCUAUCUCUGAUGAUGGCAAAGUAUGGAACUGGCUCUUAACUGCUGAAGGACCUGAAGUGGCUCCCAAAGACGUGACAAAAAUGAAAGCAGCUGUGAAUGAAAAUGAAUCACGAAUUUUAGAUAUGAAUGCCGGUAGUGGCACCUCUGAGGGAUCAACAAGCAAAAGAUCUGAACGUCUGAAGGGUAGAGAACGCUCAUCUAAUUUGACUGUCUUUCCUGAAGACACGUCGUUCCAGAUAAUCUUAGUAGGACAGCUCCAUCUUAUUUCUUCAACAGUGACUACGCUUGCUGUACCAUCCCCUUCUUUGACAGCUACUUUGGCCCGUGGUGGUAAUAAUCCUGCUGUGGUUGUUCCACUAGUUGCUCUGGGUACCCAAAGCGGUGCAAUUGAGAUUAUUGAUGUUUCUGCCAAUGCAGUUACAACUUCUUUCUCUGUUCAUCACGGGGUUGUCAGGGGAUUAAGAUGGCUUGGAAAUUCUCGUUUGGUAUCAUUUUCUUACACUCAGGCCAAUGAAAAAUCUGGAGGCUACAUUAACAGGCUCGUUGUCACCUGUGUUAGAAGUGGUUUUAAUCGGGCAUUUCGGGUUCUUCAAAAGCCAGAAAGGGCUCCUAUACGAGCACUCAGAGCUUCCUCAUCCGGAAGAUAUCUGCUACUUCUAUUUCGUGAUGCUCCUGUGGAGGUGUGGGCGAUGACAAAGAACCCAAUUAUGCUUAGAUCACUAGCACUUCCAUUUACAGUACUGGAGUGGACUCUCCCAACGGUUCCUCGACCAGCUGCACCAACCAGGCAAUCCUCGAUAUCAUUAAAGGACCGUCUAGUUGGCACACAGACUGGGACAUCAUCUCCGACAAAUGAUACGUCAGAAGAAUCUAAGUCAGGGAGUUCUGAGGGAUCUCAGGAUGAGAGUUCUGAGAGUUUUGCUUUUGCACUUGUCAAUGGUGCACUCGGAGUUUUUGAGGUCCAAGGCCGUAGAAUCAAAGACUUCAGACCAAAGUGGCCUUCUUCUUCAUUUGUUUCAUCUGAUGGGUUGAUCACAGCCAUGGCAUACCGACUUCCUCAUGUGGUUAUGGGAGACAGGUCUGGUAACAUACGCUGGUGGGACGUAACAACUGGGCACUCUUCCUCAUUCAAUACUCACAGGGAAGGCAUAAGGAGGAUAAAAUUUUCACCUGUCGUUGCUGGAGACCGAAGUCGAGGGCGUGUCGCUGUACUAUUUUAUGAUAACACAUUUGCUGUAUAUGACCUUGACUUGCCAGAUCCCUUAACGAAUUCCCUUGCUCAACCCCAAUUUCCUGGAACACUUGUGUUGGAACUUGACUGGCUUCAUUUGCGAAGUCACAACAGUGAUCCGCUAGUCUUAUGCAUUGCUGGGGCAGAUAGUAGUUUCCGACUUGUAGAGGUUACUGUAAAUGAUCAAAGAGCUACAUAUGGAUCAAUUAGGGAGAAGUUUCGGCCAAUGCCUCUGUGUGCUCCCAUAUUACUUCCUACUCCACAUGCCCUGGCACUACGAAUGAUUUUGCAACUGGGUGUGAAACCCUCUUGGUUUAACACAAGCAGUAUAACGAUUGAUAAAAGGCCUCACCAUAUCCCUGGAACUCCAAAAUCAGCAGGAGAUCUCCGCAGUUACAUUAUUGAUACUCCACCAGUUGGUGAUGCUGCGAUCCCAGAAAUGCUUCUCAAAGUAUUGGAACCCUAUCGUCAAGAAGGGUGCAUUAUUGAUGACGAGAGAGCAAGACUUUAUGCUAAAAUAAUGUAUAAAGGUUCUGCUGUUAGGCUUGCCUUUGCUGCAAUGAUCUUUGGUGAAUCACCCGAGGCACUUUUCUGGUUGCAGCUACCUCGUGCACUUAAUCAUCUGAUACACAAGUCACUUUUUAAGCUUCCUCAAAGGAAGUCUAUACCAGAACCAGUUCCUCAGGUUGAUGAAGCAGCUCUUCUGACUGAAAUAAAAUCAGGUGGUAAAUCAUUGCCUGGGUCAGAAAGAAGAGAAUCAUUGAGUCAAGGCCAACUUAGACUAAUGGCCUUUGAGCAAGAAGAAUUGUGGGAGACUGCUAAUGAACGAAUACUUUGGCAUGAGAAACUGAAUGGAGAAGAUGCUAUCCAAAACCGUGUACACGACCUUGUCUCAGUUGGAAACUUAGAAGCUGCAGUUAGUUUAUUACUAUCCACUUCCCCUGAAAGCCAUUACUUCUAUGCAAACGCGCUGCGUGCAGUUGCUCUUGCUUCUGCUGUGUCCAAAUCUCUUCUUGAACUAGCAGUUAAGGUUGUUGCAGCUAAUAUGGUAAGGACAGAUAAAUCUUUGUCUGGCACUCAUCUUCUUUGUGCUGUAGGAAGGCAUCAAGAAGCUUGUUCUCAGCUACAAGAUGCUGGAUGCUGGACUGAUGCUGCAACUCUGGCUGCAACACAUUUAAAGGGUUCAGAUUACUCAAGGGUAUUGCUACGAUGGGCAGACCAUGUCCUUCACACUGAGCACAAUCUCUGGAGGGCUCUGAUUUUGUAUGUUGCUGCUGGUGCAUUUCGAGAAGCCUUAACAGCACUUCGUGAAGCACAGCAACCAGACACAGCUGCCAUGUUUGUUGUUGCUUGUCGUGAAAUUCAUACUGACAUCCUUGCUAAUAUGGAGGAUAUAGAACAAGAGGCUGAAUCAUCAACUAAAGAACAGCUUCUAAUCUUGCAUGAGCUUAGCUUGGAAAAUGAAGAAGUGAUUGCAGCGUAUGAGCUUUAUGGGCAGUAUCAAAGAAAGCUGGUGCAUCUGUGCAUGGAUUCACAGCCUAUGUCAGACUGAACACUAACUAGUACACACUUGAUUCUAAAAUUUUAGUGGCCUAAGCUGAACUCUAGUAUGAAGAGUACGUAGUGUAAUUUAUAGCAAACAGCCAAACAGUACGGAGUAAGUAAUUGUCAAAAUUUUGUUAUAAUUCCAAUGACUGUUAUGCCUUGACAUGCUCCGAUAAAGAUGGGGAGCCUUUAAAUCAAACAUGAUCCGAUAAAGAUCUUAUACACCGUUUCUUGGA